GAGUUCAAGUCGUCCUCGGACGCGCAACAUCCACCAUGGCUGGCAAUGCGAAUAGACAGGGAAAGAUGCAAAAUCUAAUCAACCACCGCAUGAAAGUCACGCUGCAAGAUGGUAGACAGAUGGUCGGACAGAUGCUCGCUUUCGACAAGCACAUGAACCUCGUUCUCGCCGAUACAGAAGAAUUCAGACGCACUCGACGAAGGGGCAAAGCUGCACCCGGCGCAACCCAGACAGUCACCGAGACCGAAGAGAGACGCGCCAUUGGGCUCACCAUCAUCCGUGGUGCGCACGUCAUCUCGCUAUCAGUAGACGGACCACCUCCAGCAGAUCCCGCUGCGCGACUUGGAGCGCCCUCUGGAGGAGCUACGACGGCUGCGACGCUGGCUGCUGGACCCGGUGUGGCACGACCAGCUGGCCGCGGUCUGCCAGUUGGAUUGACUGGUCCCGCGCCUGGCGUUGGGGGUCCUGGUCCCGGAUUCGGAGGAGGAUUCCCAGGCGCACCAGGAGGCUUCGGUGGCCCACCUGGGUUCCCAGGUCGUGGCGGCCCACCAGGAGGUGGCCCACCUGGCUUCGCUCCCCCUGGCGGACCUCCAGGCUUUGCAGGCCCUCCAGGCUUUGGUGGACCACCUGGCUUCAACCCUGGCCGUGGCGGCCCUCCUGGCUUUGGUGGCAGAUAGACGAAGAUGAACGACGCAAUAGUCAUUAUUAGGACUUUUCCGGAGUAAAUGCGACGAUUUGGCGAACAGGACUAGAAGAGAUAAAUCGACUUCAACUCAGAUGGCUUGUACAGAAGUGUAUGAAAGCCAAUAGGCCCAUCGUCAAAACGGGCUUGUACGAAUUUCAAACUGAGAGCUUGCGCUAUCCUUCAACUCUGCAAGUGGCCACGGGCAGGACGAGAGAUAUCAGACUCAAAAGCGUGCACGUGGAAGGGGUGCAAUCGGACGGCGUAUACCAGUGGCUUGACAGCCGCAAUCAGAACGAUUUACAACAUCUCCAGAAUUCUGUAGCAUUUAAAUUUACCUCUUGAGCCGUUCAAACUUGUACACAUGAUUUGCUGUCCAC